CGCUGCGCGCGCACACGUGACGUGCACAUGUGCAUUUUAUUUUCGACGGAGACAUUAUUUCGGAAACACAUCUGCUAUUAAAUUGAUAUUACCAACAAAAUAUGGGAGGUUCGAAAUCACAAAGGAGAAAGCGAGGCAAGAAUAGGAGUACGAACUCAAGAAAACAUGGAACUGGGGAAGGAUCUUCGAUGAGCAGGCGGGAGCUUCAGGAUAUGGUGGAGCAGAGACGGCAGCAGAAGAAAGCAGUGAAAAAAACCUCCAGCAAAUUCAAUAUCGACCAACUUCUUGAGAAGGUAGAGGAAUACCUGGAUACUUUUGAGUAUGAAAUGGCACAGAAGUUUUGCCAGAGGGCGCUAGAGAUGGAACCUGACAACGUGAGAGUGCUGGAGCUCUCAGGAAACCUGCUGGCAGAGCUCGGGGAUACGGAUGGAGCAAGAAAGUGCUUUGGUCGUGCAAUAACAGUGUGUCCUGAAGAGGGUUUCUCCAAGUACAUGUACAUGGGGCAGCUUCACGAAGGAUUGGAAGGGCUUCAGUUCUUCCAGAAAGGUGUUGAGCUCAUGAUCAAGGAAAGGGACGGUAAUCAGGAAGAAACACAAGGGGCUUCAAGUUCAUUAGAAAAUGGUUCUUCAAAUGUUUCCAAUGCUGAUAUAUCCAAAGCUUAUUGUUCAAUAGCUGAAAUCUUCCUAACAGAUGCAUGCUUUGAAGAAGAUUCGGAUGAGAGAUGCAAGGCAGCAAUCGAUCAGGCCGUCAACGAAGACCCUCACAACCCGGAAGCGUAUCAACUCCUAGCUAGCUACUGGCUUAGUAAAGAUAAUAAAGAGGAAGCCAUGUCAUCAAUGAAGAAGAGUUUAUCACUAUGGCAACAUAUGGAAGGAGAUGGAGAAGGAGGCGGGGCUAAAGACGAUGGCAUGGUAGCUGAACCCGUCUUGAGUUAUGAAAACAGAAUAGGAGCCGCAAAGAUUCUUAUGGAGCUGGAAAUGUGGGAUGAAUCAGAGAGUAUUCUUCAUACGCUUAUAGAAGAGGAUGAUGAAGUAGUCCAAGUCUGGUAUAUGUUAGGCCUGGUCCAGUUUGAGCGAGGAUCAGAUGAAUGUAAACCACCAGCAAGAUACUACCUUCAUAAAGCAAAGAAACUCUACUGUGCAUUAAGCUGUGAUGACGAACAGGUCUUAGUCCACAUCGACGAGCUCCUUUCAUCAUUAGGACCAGGAGAGGGGGAUCAGGAAGACUGGAUGGAAAGACAAAGAAAAGAAGAGGAAGAAGAGGAGGAUGAAGAUGAUGAAGACAUUGACAGCGAAGCUUCGUCAGAUGAGGAGGAAGACAUGGAACAUUGACAUAGACUUUUAUAAGAUUCAUGAUGGCUCGGACUUAAUAAGUUACUUACUUCCAAUGAUGCCUGUGGGACUAUCCCUGCUCUGUGAUUGCUGCACACUAUCAGUUUCCAGUAGUUGUAUGUAGCAAAAGAGGAUGUGGCUCAGACAGAAAAUAUUAUAACAUAAAAACCUGUAAUACAAUACAUUAUCGUCGCACGCACCACGAACUGUCCUCUCUGCGCACUUCGAUGCGAAAGUUACUUUUGCAGAAAACGCAUUUAA